ACUUCAAGCUUCAAAUGUCAAUUGGCAAAUGUCAAACCGGACUCGGAGACUGCUUAAUUUUUUUUCAUUUAAUAUAAAAAUCGCCAAAGAAAUUUCUUUACCAUGAUUAAUUCUUUUUAAAUCUGUAAAAUAAUUCAAUGGUGAAAUUGAGGAAAUGCGUGAGGCAUCCUGAACAAAACUCGGUGCAAUGGAUGGCGGUGACAGGAUUUUAGUGGCCGCUGGGCUAACCGCGGCUGUGGUCGUCGGGGCUUUUGUGUUAUGGGGGCCCGGCGGAGCCCCGAGGGUCCGCAAGCGGCGCGGGCAGAUCGCAGGCCUCCAGAACUUGGGCAGGACGUGCUUCCUCAAUACGUUACUACAAGCGCUGGCGGCGUGCCCUACAUUUAUCGAGUGGUUGAAGAAAUACGCAAAAGCAGAUGCCCAUAACAGUAUGAUUACGACACUGUACACUGUUAUCGAAGUUGUGAAUGGCACACACGAGUCAGCGAGAGGCACUCCAGUGUGCCCUCUGGGUGUGCUGCAGUCCCUCCGAGCAGCAGGCUGGGUAGUGCCGGCCGACCAGCAGGAUGCCCACGAGCUGCUCCAUGUGCUGCUGUCCUGCAUUGAGGAGGAGACUGCUGCCAUGGUUAAAAAGCCGGGCUGCCUGUCGGACGCCCUGGGACUGGGCGGCGCGCGCGCAUGGUCGGCGCUGGCGUCGCCCGCCUCGCCGCCCGCCGCGCCGCUGUCCCUGCGCGACGAGCCCGCGCGGCCCGCUCGUCCUGCCUCUGCGGCCCCGCCCGGCGAACCAGAUCUGGCUGACCCUGAUGAUCCGCCUCCAGAGCCCAUGCGCCUCACCAAGGGCGUGUCGCGCUCCUUCUGCCACCUGAGCUCGGUGGGGCGGCGCUGGGCGGCGGCGCCGGCGCGCGCGCCCGCCUACCCGCCCACCCGUGGCACGCUCGCGUCGCGGACACACUGCACCGUCUGCUCCACUAAGAGUCCGAUCCGCUACGACAAGUUCGAUAGCAUAACGCUGUCGAUGGCUAACGCCAGCACGGGGCUGACGGGCAGCUUCAGCUUGUCUGGGCUGCUGCGCGCGUUCACGGCGCCGGAGAUGGUGAAGGGCGUGCGCUGCAGCAAGUGCUGCCCGGAGGACGCCAGCGAGCGCGCCUACACCAAGCACAUCCGCACCGUCAACUUCGGCAAGUUGCCGCGGUGCCUGGUGCUGCAGGUGGCGCGCGUGGAGUGGCGCGGCGGCGGGCCCAGCAAGCGCGGCGAGCACGUGGCCUUCCCCGAGACGCUGUGCAUGGCGCCCUACGCCGCGCAGCAGCGCCCGCAGCCGGACUUGGUGUCGCUGAUGGGCGAGGGGCGGCUGCGCGGCAGCCUGUCGGUGCUGAACGCGGCGGCGGGCGCGGCGGGCGACGAGCGCGCGCUGUUCCGCCUGCUGGCCGUGGUGGUGCACGUGGGCGGGCCCAAGUCCGGCCACUUCGCCACCUACCGCCGCGGGAACGGCUUCGAGAGCAAACGAUGGUGGUACACGUCGGACACGCUGGUGCACGAGGUGUCGCUGCAGGAGGUGCUGCGCUGCGCCGCCUACAUGCUGUUCUACGAGCGCCUCGUCGACCCGCCGCCGCCCAUCACCACGCACUUCUGAGCGGCGCGGCGUGACGUCACGGGCGGUUUGUUCACUCCGUACCGCGGCCAGGUGCAAUCACCUGAUUGGGUGCCGCAUAGCGGCAUUUAUCAAUGUACACAUUAGUGCCGUAAUUCAAAAAUUGCUGACAUAUAAAUAUACUGAAAAUUUAAUUAACACGAUAAAUAAUUGCCGAAGAAAUCAUAGUUGUUAAUUAAUUUUCGACUUAUUUCAACGUUAGCAUUGUCAGUAAUGUCAGUAACAAACGCCGCUUUGCGUUCGUCAGGUGAACGCUAACUCUUAGACGGCGAUUCAAUAAUCAUCAAAUGUAUGUAACUAGGAGUGCAUUUCUGUGUAGUAAAAAUACACUCUCAGUUCACGUUUAAGUGCACGAUAGAGAAAAAAACAUAUAACGAUAUAACGCUGAAUAUAAGAGAGAGACACCUAUAUAACCCUAAUCCACGAAAAUGGAGAAAUAGAUAGCGACGUAAAGCAGUACAGAGCGAUAGAAUGUGUUGAACGGUUUCUCUUUUAUCUUGUGUCAUGUGUUGUGUUGUGUUUAUCUGUCUACACAAACACUCUGCAGGCAAUCCUGUGUCUUAGUCUGCACGGUACAGGGGUGCGAGCGGCAACAUUAACCCCCAUCAACCCUGUGCUGCGCGGAAGAGGAAUAAUUUAUGGUGUUUGCCAAUAGUAAUGAAUAAGAUCCUUGAAGUAGUUCAUGUUGUGCUGCUUUUUUUUCUAUCUCUUUGCACUGUAAAUGCACUAGUUAACUCCACAUCAAAAUCGCUUCAUACUUUUCUAUUACUGGCCCAUUGAGUAGAUUCCAUUUACAAAAUCCUUAAAAAGAAUUACCUUAUGUAUGGUAUUCUCGUUAGGGUCUCUUAAUGAGUGCACCUUGACUGAAAUCCAGUAGAGAAACAAUUAUAACAUUUAUCUAGUAAAGUAGUACUGUACUCUUGACAGAAAAAUAAUUGAUUUCAUUUUGCAGAUAUUACAGAUCGCUAUUCUGUAACGAUGUUUUUGUAACUCGGCAGUGUGAGUUUUGAAUUUGUAUGUAUCUCUCUGUCUUACUAGAUAAAGAGAGCGAUAAAUACGAACUUAAAGUACACAAAGUCGAGUUAGAAACCUCAACGUUAUAGAAUAGCGGUUUCUUUACAAUCUAGCUAAGUGAAAUUACAAUAACGGUUUAUUGUAAUUAAUCUCACUUAUCACUGUCAAUGACCGAAAACCAAAAUCUGGGCUAGAUUUAUUGAUAAACAUAUUAGGUGAACACUUUCUGUUUGUAUAUUUCGAAUUUAUUGUUCUCGACUUUGUUAUAGGUAAAUGUUUGUUGUCUAUGUAUUAGAUUGAUUUAUGUAAUACGACGUCCUAGUAUAUGAGAAUAGUAUUAUGAUAUACUUGGACUCGACUGAAUUAUGGUUGUUCAACAAAAAAAAAUUCUCUACAUAAUGGUGCUAAUUCGAAUGUACAACUUGGUUGCUUCACAAAAUUUUGUAAAAAUUUGUAAAAUCAAUUUGACAUUAGAUCUUUCUUCACUAUUGCUUCACUGAGUGGUAUGAAAACAACAUUUACUAGUUUUAAUUUCAAUAGAUCAACAUUAAAUAAGUUUAGUAGGUAGUUUUAAUUACAUGAAAUCCGCCAAGUUACAGCAAGCCUAGCUUGCUAAUUUAAAAAAGCAAUGUGCUGAAAAUUCGAAAAUAAUCAAAUGAGCAUCAAUAUAAUUAUGUUAACAUUACAUAUUACAAGUAUAAUGUAUUGGGAUUAAUCGAGUCACAAAUUGUUCGCGACUGUUAUUAUAGUAUUAUUAGUUUCCGAGUCCUGACUGAGAAUUUAGUUUUGUAUUUAAUGUUAAAAGUGAACAUUUUAUGAUGUAUGAUGCCACAUUUUGUACUGUUUAUGUAAAAUUUGUUUAGACAGAGGCGUGUGAACUUACAUAUUUAUAACUAAAGUGUAUACUCUGUUACCUCCGUUAGCAUUUGAAUCGACCUGUAUUUUCUUAUUGCAUUUUUGGAAACGCUAGACACAUAUCUCUUGGGAAUUUUUCUACAAACGUUUUUCACUCUACCUAGUCUAAUUGUGCAUUUUAUUACAAUCACGAACUUUAUUACAUGCCUGUGGCAUGUGGAUGAAAAGAAACCGGACUUUUGCGACAUCUCUGUCUGUCGGAAUGUAUAGACUGUAGAUCUUUAUGGAGGGUAGAAUGCAUUUAGUUAGUGACGUCACUGUAGCAGGAAACUUAGACAAAACUUAAUUGUAACAUAACUGAAAAAGGUCAUGUACACAAAAUAUAUUGAACUACGUAAAUAGCCGACGUAUUAUACGUAGCACCUACUGUGUUUGUUGUUUUACACACAUUCAGAUUGGAUAAUGAAAAUACUUGAAUAUAGAACGUACUGCCAGCUAGUUUUCCCAACCUCCUACAAUUUGGGUAUAUUUAGGUCUAUAGGCUUAGAAUAUCUAAGCAAGCGCGUUCCACCAUAAGCUGCAUCAUCGCUUACUACAUGACGUGAUUGCAGUUAUGCGCCAGCUUAUAUAACGAAAAAAAAGAAAAACAUUUUGAUCUAUCAACAAAAUGGAUUUAUACCAUAACCCUGAGCUAACGCUAGAGCCUUUUGAAUCUGUCAUUUACCAUUACAACUCGACCCUUUCAUUUUUUUUUCAAAAUGAGGCAUUUUUCAUGCUUACCCUCCAUAUUGACUGCCGUUUAUCAACGUCUUGAAAACUUUUACGUCAUUGAAUUCUACUUAUUCUGUUAAUAUAAUAUUCGUAACUAACUGACUUAACUUAUUUUUGUGUGUUGUACAUGUCUUGCAUUUGUUGGCUUUGUGCUUAGUUACUUUAAGUAAAUUUACAGGAUGCCAUGUUUUUAGUAACAAAAAAAAGUAUGCAUACUUUUUAAUCAUAAAAAUAUAUAUAAGUUGCCAUAAACGAGGCUGUUUUCUACUUAAUGAAUAUUGAAAUAAUAAUUAUUGUGAUCAAGUAUUACGUCUGCUUAAUAGAUAGGAAGUCUGAUAUUGAAUUUUAUCAAUAUUUUUAUUCGAUGUAGAGUAUUUCUAAAAAAUCUGCUCACUUUUGGCCAUUAAGAGCACGUUAGAUUUGUAGUAUCUUUAAAAUGUGAUCUUUAUUUUAAACUAUGAGAAAGUGUACCUAAAUACUUAAUAUUAAUAUGGGUAUAGAAAAAUUUAAUAAUAUCAGUAGCUUUUAAUAACCGCAAUCAAAAACAACCUGAAGAAGAAUUACUGUGUGUAUUUUUUACGUUAUAAAGCCAGACAAUCAUAGCAACCUCGAUGAUAUCGUUCCUAGGGGGCAUUUAUGUGUUACUUUAAUAUAACUGCUGACGGGAGCUAAACUCAUCGUAACCCCUAAGUAUUUCAAUUUAAAUCCAGGCGACGUUAGGGAGAGGCCACACGGUUUUACCAUAGGUAUAUUUAUGAUUAAACUUACCGUUUUGCUGAAAAUCGUGAAAAAACUCAUUUUUUUAACCUUUGACCUUGAAUAAAAAAUACAGGGGAAAUAUGGGGAACUUUCAAAUUUUAUUUUUAAUCAUAUUUAAAACAAUCUUACUAAUUUUCAGCAUGGCUUGGUGACGGUCUAGUACGGCACCGUGCGGCAUAUCAUUGCUAUUUGUAUUGGCCUCUCCCUUACCCAGAUUUUCUAUAAGCGCAUGUAGUCGGAAAAAAAGUCUGGUUAACGCUGACUCUUGGAGUUGUCGUUUUUUCGUGGAGCAAAAUAAAUUAUUCAUAGUAUUAAAUUAAAUGAAAAAGUCUAUAGAAUAUAUUGAAGAGUUAUAAAAAUGAAGCGUAAAAGGUUUUUGAUUGUUUAUUUGUUUCUCCCAGUAAUAAUUAUAAGUCCACUUUGAACUCUUGUGAUUAAAUUGGUAGUAUUUUACCUGGUGACUGAAUAUGUAUAUAGCUUUUGUAAUAAAAUUGUGUACCUACCUGUUUUUGUUUUGUAACUUUUGAUAUUACAUGAUAAUUGUUGUCGUUGUUUAUUAUCGUUGUAAUAUUUUUUGUGAUCACAGAUUAUAAGCAAAAUUUAUAGCUGGAUCUUCACCCCCGCGGUACAGGGGUGCGGGGUAUGACGUCAGAGGGGAGCUAGAGAGGUGGCAAAAGGCGGUUAUCAAUUGUAUUAUUACUAGGGCAAUCGAAAGCACUCCAUUCCAGGCAAUAUGAGACAUUAAUGAUGUCUCGACUACAUACAGCAAUACCUACCUAUAGACACCAAGGCUGUUCAAAGUAGCAUUAUACUGUUACAACAUAUUGAGGAAGAGAAGAAUUAUUUAACUAGGAAAUACAUUCAUAUUUCGUACACUACCUAAUUAAAUUUCCGUCAUGAUCCCCUUGUAAAAAUAAGACGUACAAAAGAGAGAAUUGAUAUAUGGAAUACAAUGAAAAACAAUAUUACCAAAAAUUUAGAUUUACAUACUAAAAUUGCAAUAGACUUGCUGUCUGCACCACUACUUGCUCAAGAUUAAUCUAUUUACAUAUUAAUACACACUCUUUCUUGCCGAGCAACAAUUACUCUAUUAGGUAUCCUCGUAUAAAGGUACCUUGGUACUACAGCUUCCCACCGUCAUAUUCCCGCACCAUUGCACUACGCAGACGAGGAUUUAGCGGCAGUUUGGUCUUUCAUACAUCGAAGGUUGCAUUACUUUGAAAUACCUGUGACUGUAACUUUUGAUAGGUACUAUGGAUUUAGUGUCAUGUUACAAUUUCUUGUAGAGUUUGUAUUUUUAAAUUGUAAAUAAUAUUGUAUUGUUUAUUUUUUUAUUAGAAUAUUGUUGGUUUUGAUAGUUUAAUUAAAUUCUAGGCAGCUUUAUUAAGUUUUAGAUAUUAACUUAAUUAAGUAUGUUAUAGCCAAUCUAUUUUGGAAAGUCCAAUGAAUUUAGCUUAGGAUUUAGUGGUAAGGUGAACACAAACAUACAAAGUAUACAAUAGUAUACAUAUUGAACAACACUUGAUCUGUUAUCUUACCACUACAUGCAAAGCAUAACAGACUUUUGCAAUAGAUUGACUAUACGAGAAUGUAGUGAGACAGUAACCUACCACGGACACGGAUGGUGUAGCGAAGAGCUCGUUUUAUAUUUAUUAGGGUUUACAUUUACUUAUAUAUUUUAUUUUAGAAUUUAAUUUACGUUUGUAUCGCGCCGCAUAGCAAGAACCAGCUCAUGACUGAGGGCCCCAAAUGGGUUUGAAUCUAGUCGGGCAUACUCUGACGUUGUAUCAUCUAACCAUGUUUCAUAAUAAAAUUAUGUAUUUUAUUAUGAAACAUGGUUAGAUGAUACAACGUCAUCGUUGUAUCAUCUAACCGAAACGUGAUGGUUUGGUGGAUUUACAAAACGGAGGUCCUGGGUUCGAUCCCCGGCUGGCAGAUUGAGAUUUUCUUAAUUUGUCCAGGUCUGGCUGGUGGGAGGCUUCGGCCGUGGCUAGUUACCACCCUACCGGCAAAGACGUACCGCCAAGCGAUUUAGCGUUCCGGUACGAUGCCGUGUAGAAACCGAAAGGGGUGUGGAUUUUCAUCCUCCUCCUAAGUUAGCCCGCUUCCAUCUUAGACUGCAUCAUCACUUACCAUCAGGUGAGAUUGUAGUCAAGGACUAACUCGUAAAGAAUAAAAAAAAAAAUUUAAUUUAUCAUUUACAAACAGACUCUUUUAUUAGAAAAACUAUCCACAUAUAUAUUCUCAAUAUGUCUACCGUCCGUAAUAGCGAGUGACGGUAAGGAGUGUCGCAUCACUACAAUCUGUGUCCCUGGGAAGUUACCGAGUGUAUCAUAUCAUAAUGUGGCAUAAUAUUGUUUAGCUUUGUAUGUAGCGACUUGAAGAUUGAGAUUUGGUGAAUACUUCCCCGGAACUGCUGUGUCAAUGUAGAUAGGAUGUCCUGUUUGAUCUAAUUGUUAAUAUUAAUUAUGAAUAAAGUAUACCUAUUAUACUA